UUAUUAUUUGCUUAAUUGAGAGGUUUGAGUUAUGUUUUAUAAUAAAAAUGAUUUUUGCAGGUAAGGAUUUCAUUUUAAAGAUUUGAGGAUAUUUUGGGCUGAACUUGAGAAGAUGAUAAAUAAAAUGAUGGAUCACUAAGUUGACCUAAAAAAGUCCAAGGGCUCACUAAAAAAAAAGAGGAUUGCUUCUCUUGAGUCACGGACGACAACCCAAAUCCAAGGAGGAGGAAAAGAAAAGUCCAAGAAAAAAAAAGCUGGAGAGGGUUUAGGGGUCUCGGCUAUAUUUUUGGGGUCGGCUCCAUCCAUUACGCCAAGGAGGAUUCUGGCGGCGAAGCUGGAAAAGGAGGAAGAAGCCGGACAGAAGGCAACGACGCAGCAGGCUUCUAAUCCGACUGUCUGGAGUUCCGUGGAAUGCAGAGGAGGAGAUUUAUUGAUCUUGAAAAUCAGAAAUUCAGUUCAGAAAUUCUUCCUCUGAAAAAGUUCCGGUUUGAUUCAGCUAGUGUUCAAAACUUCUUUACAUGAAUUCAUUCGCAAACUUGUUUUAGUUUAAUUGCUUUAGUUUUGGCACAAUUGCUUAUUGUUGCUUGUUUAGAUGGUGAAAAUGAACUCCUUGUUCCCAUUCGUUUUAUUAAUGUCUUACGUUAGUAUGAGUAGUUAAUUUUUCUGAGUCCGGAUUAUGAUGAAGUUGCUAUGAUUUAGUAUGAAUUGUGAUUUUAGUUAUGUCAAUUGAUUGAGUUUUAUCCAUUGUUCUUAUUUGCUUAAUUGAUUAUGUUAAUUUCUGGCCAACUUUAAUAUGAUUAAUUAAGUUGUUUGAGUGGAUUAAUAGAGUACAUGCCAUGCCUAUUAGUUCGAGCUCUUUUGGAUAAAAGAAUGGAUAAUUCAACUUGCUUGUUAGGUUAUCUAUUUGGUUCUUAAAUCGGGUUUCCGUAGUUCUUUUGUGACUAAUGGAUUUUAACUAUUGGAUUAAUAAUUUCUAAUUGAUUAAUAGUUAAAAUACGUGACUUAUUCUGGAUGUCAUACGGAAUAGUCAUAUUUUUGUCUAGAACGAAUCCUCAAUUUCAAUUGAUUAACUAAAUCACAAAUACUAAAAAUUAGUGACAGAUUCAUAAUCCUGGACUAUCUUUUCUCUUGCUAAAUUAUCAAUCACUUUUCUGUUAGUUGUUUAAUCACUUUAUUUUCAUUCAUUUAAAUUCCUUGCAUCCUUUUUAAUUCAAGCUUUAAUUUUCAGAUUCCAAUCAAACAAAUUCAAAAUUCAUUUUUUUUAGUUAGAUUAAUUUCACUUUUAUUUUUUUUAUUAAUAGUUUUCCAAUUACUUAGUUGCAUUUUCCCCGUGGAUUCGAUCCUUACUUGAGCACUGUACUACUGUGACUCGUGCACUUGCGAGGACUUAUAAAUUGUCUAUCAAUUUUUGGCGCUGUUGCCGGGGAAUUUGUUUAACUAGUUUUUGGAAAAUUGUUAGUUUAGUUUUAUUUUAGUUAGUUGUGUUUGUUUUUUUUUUCGUUUUUUUUUGUUGUAUGCUUGGUCGCAGGUCUCUUAAUCCAGAUUUGUAUCGCUGAACGACCAAGUAGAUUUAAUUGGCAAAAGAACAAAAAGGAGGCUCGAAUUUGCUCCUAAUUCAACAAUGGGUGACGCUACACUGAUGAAAGAGUUUGGGAGGCCAACUGUUGGUGCCUCCCCGUCCUGCAUUGUACUGAGUGAGGCUGCCCGGAAUUAUGAUCUGAAGACAGUUCACUUUAACCAAUUGCCGUCUUUCCAUGGGCUUGCUUCUGAGGAUGCGCUGAUCUUCAUCCGAGUUUUCUAUGGCAUCAUCCAGAAUUUUCCCUUGCAAGGAGUGACUGAAGAUGAGCUGAGGAUGAGGUGCUUUCCUUACACUCUAAAAGAUGCUGCGAAGACAUGGUUUAUGUCUUUAACACCAGGUUCGUUGCGCACAUGGGCUGAUGUCUACAACAAGUUUAUUGGCAAGUAUUAUUCUCAGUCUAAAACUUCAGAACUGAGAAGAAAAAUUGCCAAUUUCACUCAAUGUCCAUGAGGCGUGGGAGAGAUUUAAAAUGCUGCUCACUCAAUGUCCACACCACGGCUAUUCACUAGCGCUCCAGAAUCAGACUUUCUAUGACGGGUUGACCCAAGGAAGCCAAGCAAUCGUUGAUAACGCAGCUGGUGGAGCAAUGGGAGAGAAGACUGCAGAGCAGACCUUAGAACUAUACGAGAUGCUUGGAGCUAACUCCCAACAGAGGAGCGCUCGUGGGAAGACUCAAGGAAUGUACGAAGUUGGUGCAAGUACAGAAUUGACAAUCCAAAUAUCCGAGCUAUCCAAGCAAAUGAAGAAUAUGUGUUCUAUGAUGGCGAUGAAUCAAUCUGCCGCUGCAGUGAAUGAAAUGCCUGAGGCUAGUCUUGAACAAGCUAAUAUGAUGAAUUCAUACAAUCAGAGGCCAAGAAAUGAUCCAUUCUCCAAUUCCUACAACCCCGGUUGGAGGAAUCAUCCUAACUUCUCAUGGUCAAAUACACAACAAAGCAACCAGCCACCUCCUGAACCAAAGAAGCCAUCUUUGGAGGACACUUUGCAGAACUUUAUGCAAAUUUGUAGCAGCAACCAGCAAGCUAAUGAGCAGCGUUUUCAGCGCACUGAUGCCUCUUUGAGGAAGCUAGAAGUACAAGUUGGGCAGAUUGCAGAAUCUCUCCAAGGACACGUACAAGGGAAGCUACCAAUUCAAUCUGAAGAGGCCAAAGCAGUCACGGUUCUUAGGAGUGGGAAUAUAAUUCAGAAAAACGAAGAUCAGCCCAUUCUCAAGCUACUGGAGAAUGUAGAGGCUGAGAAGAAGCAAGAAGUAGAAGCUGAAAAGAAGAAAGAAGUGGAGGCCGAUUCGGUGUACGAAGAGUCCGGGCUGCACAAAGCAAAAGAUCCGUAUAUUCCGCCUAAACCAUAUGUGCCACCGGCUCCUUUUCCAAACAAGUUUAAAAGUUCCAAGUUUGAUAAAUCUUUUGAUGAGAUUUAUGAUUUGUUGUCCAAAGUUAAUGUAAACUUGCCUCUUCUUGAAAUGAUAACUAAUAUGCCUGCCUACGCUAAAUUUUUGAAAGAAUUAAACACUAGAAGGCGUAGGUAUGAACCAAAUGAAAAAGUUUUUGUUUCUAAGGCUGUUAGUGCUGUUUUACAGAAGGACUUGCCCCCAAAAUUAGAAGACCCUGACAUUUAUUAUCACCAUUACUUUAGGGGAUUCUAGAUCUGAAAAAGCUAUGCUUGAUUUGGGGGCGAGUAUUAAUUUAAUGCCUUACUCUGUUUAUUUGAAAUUAGGUUUGAAUGAGCUAAAAACCACUACAAUGUCCCUACAGCUUGCUGACCGCUCUAUUAGAUACCCUAGGAGCAUUGUAGAGGAUGUUUUAGUUCAAGUUGAUAAGCUGAUUAUUCCUACUGAUUUUGUGGUUUUAGAUAUGAGUGAUCAGUGCAAAUAUGUGAAAGAUAUGUCAAUCCUACUUGGUAGACCUUUUAUGGCCACAACUAAAACUAUGAUUGAUGUUCAAAAUGGAAAAUUAACCAUGAGUGUACUUGAUGAAACUGUUGAGUUUUCCAUUUUGAAAUCCAUAAAUAUGCCGGCAGAUUCUGAUUCAUGUUUUGCACUUGAUAUGCUUGAUUCUAUUGUUCCUUUGAGUAUUUUACAGGAAGAUGAGCUUGAGCUUGCUUUGACUCUUGAUGCACAAGAGUUUGAUGAUGAAAAAGUGAGCGAGAUGAGAGAUUUUUUGGACAAAACUGAGGUGCAAAGUGAGGAAAGAGUGGUUGAUUGUGAGCUGGAAAAAAAUCAGCAUGUUGAAAAUCCACCUCAAGUGCAACUGAAACCCCUCCCCUCUAAUCUGAAAUAUGUGUUUCUAGGGUGUGAUAGUACUUUUCCUGUUAUUAUUGCAUCUGACUUGACACAGGAACAAGAAGAGCAGUUGCUUAAGGUGUUGAGGAAGUUUAAAGCUGCGUUUGGUUGGGCAAUUUCUGAUUUGAAAGGAAUUAGUCCAACUGUUUGUAUGCAUAAAAUCUUGCUGGAAGAAGGUGCUAAUCCAUGUAGACAACCUCAACGGAGGUUGAAUCCGAAUAUGAAAGAGGUAGUGUGAGUAGAAGUUCUUAAGUUGCUUGAUGCAGGUAUUAUCUUUCCUAUUUCUGACAGUAAAUGGGUUAGUCCUGUGCAAGUUGUGCCUAAGAAGUCUGGGAUUACUGUCGUGAGUAAUGAGAAAAAUGAGUUGGUACCCACACGGGUUACCACAGGGUGGCAGAUGUGUGUUGAUUAUAGAAAAUUAAAUGCAGCCACUAAAAAGAUCAUUUCCCUUUACCUUUUAUUGAUCAAAUGUUAGAGCGCUUGGCUGGCCAUGCGUUCUAUUGCUUUCUUGAUGGUUUCCAAGGUUACAAUCAGAUUCCGGUUGCUCCGGAAGACCAAGAAAAAACUACUUUUACAUGUCCAUUUGGAAUUUUCGCUUUUCGUAGAAUGUCCUUUGGAUUAUGUAAUGCUCCUGGUACUUUUCAGCGAUGUAUGAUGUCUAUUUUUUCUGAUAUGAUCGAGAAGUUUGUUGAGGUUUUUAUGGAUGAUUUUUCCUUAUUUGGUGACUCUUUUGAUCAUUGUUUGCAUAAUCUGUCGCUAGUUCUUGAAAGAUGUGUUCAAAUGAAUUUGACUCUUAGUUGGGAGAAGUGUAAUUUUAUGGUUAAAGAAGGGAUUGUUUUGGGUCAUGUGGUUUCUAGCAGGGGAAUUGAAGUUGAUAGGGCUAAAAUUGAUGUGAUUGCUAAACUGCCACCUCCUACUUCUGUUAGAGGAGUGCGUAGUUUCCUUGGUCAUGCAGGUUUUUAUAGAAGGUUUAUUAAAGAUUUUUCUAAGAUUUGUAAACCUCUAUGUAAUCUGUUAGCUAAGGACGCAAAUUUCAGCUUUGAUGAUGAUUGUCUUGUUGCUUUUAAUGUGCUGAAAGAAAAAUUAACUUCUGCCCCAAUACUUGCUGCCCCGAACUGGUCAUAUCCGUUUGAGAUUAUGUGUGAUGCCUCUGAUUUUUCAAUUGGUGUUGUUUUGGGUCAAAGAAUUGACAAGCUGCCUUAUGUGAUUUAUUAUGCUAGUCGAACUUUAGAUAAUGCACAGAUUAACUAUUCUACAACUGAAAAAGAAUUGUUAUCAGUUGUCUUUGCAUUAGAAAAGUUCAGGUCUUAUUUGAUUGGAUCUAAGGUGAUUGUUUAUUCUGAUCAUGCUGCUUUGAAGUACUUGUUGCUGAAAAAGGAUGCUAAACCUAGGUUGAUUAGGUGGAUUUUAUUGUUGCAAGAGUUUGAUUUGUCUAUUAGGGACAAGAAAGGAAACGAGAACGUGGUGGCUGAUCAUUUAUCACGCCUCCCUGAUCAGACUGGAUAUUCUGGGAAAGAGCUAGAGAUGCCUCUUAACGACAGGUUUCCCGAUGAAGGUUUGUUUUCUGUGAUGAACAAAGAGCCAUGGUAUGCUGAUCUUGUUAAUUAUUUGGUUACUGGUAAGUUUCAUCCCGAUUUAAAUUCACAGGGUAGAAAACAUUUUCUCUCCAAAGUGAAACAUUAUUUCUGGGAUGAACCUUACUUGUUUAAAAUCUGCCCUGAUCAGACUAUAAGGCGCUGCAUUCCUGAACAUGAACAAGAAAGUGUUUUGCAUCAUAGCCAUACUUUAAAUUGUGGUGGGCAUUUUAGUGGAAAAAAGACUGCAUUUAAAGUUUUGCAAUCUGGUUUUUAUUGGCCUACUCUCUUUAAAGAUGCAAUUUCUUUUUGUGCUAAAUGUGAUCGUUGUCAGAGAGUAGGGAAUAUUAGCAAACGUCAUGAGAUGCCUCUUACGAAUAAUCUGGUUGUAGAGUUGUUUGACGUUUGGGGUAUUGAUUUUAUGGGCCCGUUUCCUACUUCUUUUGGGUUUAAUUUUAUUCUGGUUGCAGUUGAUUACGUGUCUAAAUGGAUUGAAGCUAUUGCCACUAGAACUAAUAAUAGUCGAGUGGUGCUGAAUUUUUUGAAAGAAGUGAUUUUUGCUAGGUUUGGGACACCGAGGGCUAUCAUUAGUGAUGGUGGUAGCCACUUUUGUAACAAGUUUUUUGCAGGAUUGCUGAAAAAGUAUGGUGUUACGCAUCGGAUUGCAACACCUUACCAUCCACAGACUUCGGGACAAGUUGAGGUGAGUAACAGACAGAUUAAGGGUAUUUUGGAAAAAACUGUGAAUCCUUCACGCAAGGAUUGGGCUAAUAGGCUGAACGAUGCAUUGUGGGCUUACCGGACAGCCUACAAAACUCCAAUUGGAAUGAGCCCAUACAGGUUAGUUUUCGGUAAACCUUGCCAUUUGCCUGUAGAGUUGGAACACCGAGCCUACUGGGCUAUCAAGGCGCUGAAUUUUGAUCUGAAAGAAGCAGGUGAGUUAAGAAAAUUGCAUUUGAAUGAGCUGGAUGAGAUUAGGAAUGAUGCAUAUGAGAGUGCGAAAAUUUAUAAAGACCGCACUAAACUUUUUCAUUAUAAAUCCAUUUUGAGGAGAGAUUUAAAACCUGGGAUGGAGGUGUUGUUAUAUGACUCACGUUUAAGGCUUUUUCCAGGGAAGUUAAAAUCCAGGUGGACUGGACCGUUUUUAAUUCGCCAUGUUUUUCCUCAUGGAGCGAUUGAGCUUGAAAAUCCCAAAUCUGGGAAUGUUUUUAAGGUGAACGGUCAGCGAGUGAAACAAUAUUUGAGAAGUGAAGAUGUAGUUGAGCAAGUUGAGUGUCUUGAGCUUCGGGAAUAUCGUUGCUCAUGUUGUGUCUAGUAAUAGUUUUAAUAAAAUAAAAAUAAAAAAAAAAUAAAUAAAAAACCAAAAAAAACAUUUUCUUAAUUCUGUUGUUUUUUCCUCCCCUCCCCAUCUUGUUCUUUUCUUUCUUUGUUUCUUAGUUUUGCAGGUUACGUUUCAAGAUGUUUCAAUUCUAAUUUGCUGUGCAUUUAGGGAGUUCUUCUUCACCUUUCUCUUGUUUCUUAAUCUUUCAUUGAAAACAAUGCUUGAGACAAGUGGGGGGGGAGUAGCUCUCAUUUUUUAGUUCUAUUCUAGUUUAAAAAAAAAACUGUUUUCUUGCUUGGAUUUGAGGGAAAUUUAAUUUCAGGAUUACUUUUUCGGCUUCAAGUUGUGACAAGUUCCCUUUCAUUGGUAUGUGGUAUGAUUGGUGGUCUCCAUGAUAAGUUUUCUAUUGAAUUUGAUUGAGUCCUUCACAUUGUUUUUACUUGGAGUCAAUUUCUUAGCAUCUUGUGCCAUUCAUUUAGAUGUAUUUCUCAAUUCUUUAUGACCUUUUAGGAUGCAUCUUUAACUUUCUUGGGAGGUGUGUGAGUCCUUUGUCUUUUAGCUAACAUGAUAGAACUUGUCUCGUCGCUCUUUUGGAAGCUGAGUUAUUGUGCAAACUGAUUGAGAAGUGAUCUAGGCCAUUUUUCAUAGCCCCAAACCUUUUAGCCUACCCAUUGCAUUUUAUUUCCGCUUGCUACCCCCUUUGAGCCUAAUUUGUCUUAAAGCAUUCUACCAUGCUUUUGACUGAUAAUUCUUUCUAAUUACCCAACAAUGUUGACGUCGAGCCCAGAUAGCCAAAAUGUAUCCCACACCCUUGAGUUGACAUUUUCUUAUACUUAAAUUGUGACUUGGAAGAGUUUAUCUUUUGGGGAGCAUUUUUCUUUGUUAUUCCCGGCAUUUUGUAUGGAUUCAAUGUUGUUGGUGCUGAUUCUUGUGAGAUGUCAGUUGACUUGAAACUGCAAAAAAAAAAAAGAAAAAAAAAAGAAAAGUUCAAAAAAAAAAAAAAACUGAAAGUUGAAAAGUGAAGAAGUGAGUUGAAGUUGUAUUCUUUGAGCUCCAUAUUUCUAUCUCUUUAUCUUAGAAGCCGGUUGAUUGUUGUAAGAGUUUAGUUGCUCCCUUUGUCAUAUAUUGAACUCUUCCUAUGAUCAGUUUGGUAUAGGAAAUGUCUCCUCCUUUAUUUGAAUUCCCACAUCCUUUCUUUCUUUAAAUCAUUACCCCAUGGCCACGUUACAACCCCAAUAAAAGUCCUAAGUAAUCUUGAUCAAGUUUGUGCUUUGAUAAGGUGGAAGGAAUAGCAUGAGAUGACUAUAGAGUGCUGAUUGAUUGGCUUAGAACUUUACAUAAUUUCUGGAAAGUUACUUGAGCAUUUCACUAGGUCGUUUAGAAUUGUAAAAUACAUCUCUAUUAAUGACAUGUGAGUCUAGGUGAUUGACUUUUUAGUUUGACAUUGUGGUGGAUACUUGAUUCUAAUUUCUUGGGAAUAUCUUGUCAUGGAAGGGUUUGUUGGAAUGCUUGGUGAGUGAAAGCGAAUUUUGAACAUUUGUUGGUGAAUUAGUUUCUUGAUUUUAAUUUUCCUUGAGGACAAGCAAAAUCCAAGUGUGGGGGAGUUUGAUGAGCUGGAAUUUGUACUUCAUUUUUGUAUUAUUUUAUCACAAUUCUAUGCUUAUUAUUUGCUUAAUUGAGAGGUUUGAGUUAUGUUUUAUAAUAAAAAUGAUUUUUGCAGGUAAGGAUUUCAUUUUAAAGAUUUGAGGAUAUUUUGGGCUGAACUUGAGAAGAUGAUAAAUAAAAUGAUGGAUCACUAAGUUGACCUAAAAAAGUCCAAGGGCUCACUAAAAAAAAGAGGAUUGCUUCUCUUGAGUCACGGACAACAACCCAAAUCCAAGGAGGAGGAAAAGAAAAGUCCAAGAAAAAAAAAAGCUGGAGAGGGUUUAGGGGUCUCAGCUAUAUUUUUGGGGUCGGCUCCAUCCAUUACGCCAAGGAGGAUUCUGGCGGCGAAGCUGGAAAAGGAGGAAGAAGCCGGACAGAAGGCAACGACGCAGCAGGCUUCUAAUCUGACUGUCUGGAGUUCCGUGGAAUGCAGAGGAGGAGAUUUAUUGAUCUUGAAAAUCAGCAAUUCAGUUCAGAAAUUCUUCCUCUGAAAAAGUUCCGGUUUUAUUCAGCUAGUGUUCAAAACUUCUUUACAUGAAUUCAUUUGCAAACUUGUUUUAGUUUAAUUGCUUUAGUUUUGGCACAAUUGCUUAUUGUUGCUUGUUUAGAUGGUGAAAAUGAACUCCUUGUUCCCAUUCGUUUUAUUAAUGUCUUACGUUAGUAUGAGUAGUUAAUUUUUCUGAGUCCGGAUUAUGAUGAAGUUGCUAUGAUUUAGUAUGAAUUGUGAUUUUAGUUAUGUCAAUUGAUUGAGUUUUAUCCAUUGUUCUUAUUUGCUUAAUUGAUUAUGUUAAUUUCUGG